GCCGGUCUGCGUUGUUGUUUACAUCUGUUUGUAUUUUCAUGGCCAGAUGUGCUCUCCGUUUGUGGACAGUUAGCUGGACGGUAACGAUGGAGCUGUUCGCUGCUUUACGUACCGUGGUAGAUUUAACAUUACACGUACGAAGAAUGGGCAUUCAUGAGGUUUCUGUGUAAUCUUAAGGUCACUUUUAAUGGGCUUUCAACCGUUUUUCAACAACAUCCUUAAAUUAACGUUACACCUGACAGAAAGCUGAGACACAACAUCUCGCUGACGUUUCAUAUUUGUAUUAGCUAACGUUAGCUAUUGAUUUGAAUGUAAUGUAAGGGCAGAAAUGCGGUAGUAGAAACCCGUUUUGUCGCCUAGUGCGAUCCUGUUUCGGUUUUCGAUCCUGCUCCUGGCUUUGACACAGCUCUGUCACCUGAUUACAAGAGGAAAUUGACACCGAAAUGGAAGGGUGUAUCUUUUUGUUCUACCUCACGCAGGAGCUACAUAUAACCUUCUGAACGGACAAACCUGACGAUAAGUAUUAUUAUAUCAUAUAUAUUAUAUUUAUUAUAUUUAAAGGGAGGAACAUGUGAAAAGGGGAACCGAGAAUAGGUGUGUCGUCAUUCAGCUCUAUUCGUUCAACUUCUCCCAAAGUGGAGAAAACUCGUCAAACUUUAGCUGACUUGUUGCACUUAUUUUAGCCCUGUCAGUGUAGCUUAUGAAGGCGCGUGUCGUGUAAACAGUCCCCCACGAGCCAUCAUGUCAGACCCACAGAGGUCUCUGCCAGCCCUCAGGAGGCUCAGCUAUGCGGUGGGACACUUUCUCAACGACCUGUGUGCCUCCAUGUGGUUCACAUACCUACUGGUGUUCUACCACUCAGUGCUGGGGUUCCAAAACGAAUAUGCAGGUGUGCUGCUGCUAGUUGGGCAGAUAGCUGAUGCUAUCUGUACGCCUCUCAUUGGUUACGAGUCUGACCGAACUCCUGGCUGUGGCAACUAUGGCAAGAGGAAGACGUGGCAUUUAGUUGGUACACUGAGCGUGCUGCUGUCCUUUUCCUUCGUCUUCAAUCAGUGCCUGGGCUGUGACACCCUCACCCCACAGUGGGCCAGCUUGACCUACUUCUCCCCAUUCAUCAUCGUCUUUCAGUUCGGCUGGGCCGCCACUCAGAUCUCCCACCUGUCUCUCAUUCCGGAGCUGGUCACCUGUGAGCACGCCAAAGUAGAGCUCACUGCAUACAGGUAUGCGUUCACAGUGAUAGCUAACAUCACAGUGUAUGCAGUGGCUUACCUGCUGUUUCACGUCCAGGCCGGGGAGGGCGACGACCCGCUCAGUGAUGCUCUCGGACCGGCAGAUAUCCCCAUCUUCAGGAAUCUGGCGUUGAUCGUGCUGGGCAUCGGCGCUGUUUUCUCCUUCUUCUUCCACCUGGGAACCACAGAGAGUAGUGCUGGAGCGGGAGCGGGGGCUGGAGGAGAGGAGGGGAGAAGGGAGAUGGAGGAGGAAGAGGAGGAGGAGGAGGAGGGGGAGCGGAGACCCCUGCUUCCUCGCCCUCAGAUCUCCUCGUCUCUUCUACAGUGGAAAUGUUGGCUGCAGCAGCCCUCUUUUUACCAGGUGGCCUUACUCUACAUGUCCACCAGGUUAAUAGUCAAUCUGUCUCAGACCUACAUCUCAAUGUAUCUCAUCAACACUCUGGGUCUGCCCAAGAAGUUCAUUGCAACAAUCCCAUUAGUGAUGUACAUGAGUGGAUUCCUGUCCUCCUUCAUCAUGAAACCUCUCAGUAAACAAAUUGGAAAAUGUCUCACCUACUUCGUGGGCCUGCUGCUGAUUCUGGCCUUCUCCUACUGGGUGCUGCUGGAUGACCAGAUGGGUCAGCGGGUGUACGGGGCUGCUGUGCUGCUGGGGGCGGGGUCGGCCACUAUCCUGGUCAUAUCGCUCGCCAUGACCGCCGAGCUCAUCGCCGAUCAGACGCAAAGUGGAGCGUUUGUGUACGGAGCCAUGAGUUUCACUGAUAAGUUGGCUAACGGAGUGGCUGUGAUGAUCAUUCAGGCCCUGCAUCCUUGCCAUACUGUGCUGUGCUGUCCCGCCUGCGUGUGGUUCUACCAUUACGUCAUGGUCAUAGUGACGGGAGGCGUGGCAGUUGUUGCAGCUUUGGCGCUCUGCUCCAUCCUCAUCUGGCCAAUCAGGAUCAGACCACGUGAGUCAGACAGCUAUACUGAUACAUGUGUGUUUGUGUUGUUUGUAUAUCUGCAGAGCUUACUGCCUCACUCCUUCCUGCUGUUCACACUGUUCACAGCUCAACUACUGCUGUCCUGUGUGUGUGUGUGUGGGAAAGAGCGGGGAUUUCCUGCGGCACAUUGA